AUGGCAGGUGUCGGCGACGCGGCGCUGGCGGCAGUUCAGACGCUGCUGGCCCCGAUGGACCCUGACAAGAGUGGGACCUUGGCGGGAUGCUUUAGGAAGAGUACAUUUCUAUUGCCAUGUUCAUCUUCACUUCUUUCUCCACCUCCAUACCCACCUCCAUCUCUACCUCCACCUCUACCUCCAUCCCUACCUCCAUCUCCACCUCCACCUCCACCUCCAUCUCCACCUCCACCUCCACCUCCAUCUCCACCUCCAUCUCUACCUCCACCUCCACCUCCAUUCCUACCUCCAUCUCCACCUCCAUCCCUACCUCCAUCUCCACCUCCACCUCCACCUCCAUCUCCACCUCCAUCUCUACCUCCACCUCCACCUCCACCUCCAUCCCUACCUCCAUCUCCACCUCCACCUCCACCUCUACCUCCAUCUCCACCUCCAUCUCUACCUCCACCUCCACCUCCAUCCCUACCUCCAUCUCCACCUCCACCUCCACCUCCACCUCCAUCCCUACCUCCAUCUCCACGUCCACCUCUACCUCCAUCUCCACCUCCAUCUCUACCUCCACCUCCACCUCCAUCCCUACCUCCAUCUCCACCUCCACCUCCAUCUCCACCUCCACCUCCACCUCCAUCUCCACCUCCACCUCCACCUCCACCUCCAUCCCUACCUCCAUCCCUACCUCCAUCUCCACCUCCACCUCUACCUCCAUCUCCACCUCCACCUCCACCUCCACCUCCAUCCCUACCUCCAUCUCCACCUCCACCUCUACCUCCAUCUCCACCUCCAUCUCUACCUCCACCUCCACCUCCAUCCCUACCUCCAUCUCCACCUCCACCUCCACCUCCAUCUCCACCUCCACCUCCACCUCCAUCUCCACCUCCACCUCCACCUCCAUCUCUACCUCCACCUCCACCUCCAUCCCUACCUCCAUCUCCACCUCCACCUCUACCUCCAUCUCCACCUCCAUCUCUACCUCUACCUCCACCCCCACCUCCACCUCCAUCUCCACCCCCACCUCCACCUCCACCUCCAUCUCCACCUCCAUCUCUACCUCCAUCUCCACCUCCACCUCCAUCUCCACCCCCACCUCCAUCUCCACCUCCACCUCCACCUUCAUCUCCACCUCCACCCUCAUCUCUACCUCCACCUCUACUUCCAUCUCCACCUUCAUCUCCACCUCCAUCUCCACCUCUACCUCCACCCCCACCUCCACCUCUACCCCCACCCCCACCCCCACCUCCACCCCCACCUCUACCUCCAUCUCCACUCCCACCUCCACCUCUACCUCCAUCUCCACCUCCACCUCUACCUCCAUCUCCACCUCCAUCUCCACCUCUACCUCCACCCCCACCUCCACCUCCAUCUCCACCCCCACCUCUAUCUCUACCUCCACCUCCAUCUCCACUUCCACCUCCAUCCCCACCUCCACCUCUACCCCCACCCCCACCUCCACCCCCACCUCCACCUCCAUCUCCACCCCCACCUCCACCUCUACCUCCAUCCCCACCUCCACCUCUCCCUCCACCUCUACCUCCACCUCCACCUCCACCUUCAUCUCCACCUCCACCUUCAUCUCUACCUCCACCUCCACCUCUACUUCCAUCUCCACCUUCAUCUCCACCUCCAUCUCCACCUCCAUCUUCCUCUUCACCUCCACCUUCAUCUCUACCUCCACCUCUACCUCCACCUCCACCUUCAUCUUCACCUCCACCU